AUGUCGCCCCGCGCCGACCUGUACUCGAAGAAGAUGGGCGAGCUCCUGCUCAAGGGCUGGCGCAUGCUGGAGGAGGAGUGCCCUCUCACGCACGACCUCACCGAGUGCGCCAAGCUACUCAGCCGCGCCGCAGCGCCGCCGCCGCACGGCCUCGUCGAGACGAUGGCCCAGUGCGCCGAUGCGCUCGCCGCGACGGAGCGCGCAAAAGCGCUGUACCGCACGGGGCCGGGGCCGCAUUGGGGGGACUGA